UUUGUCAGAUGUAAACAAAGCGCCGAGUCGGUGCACUUUCAGCGCCGUUUAAGACAAAAACGACGGUUAUGUGAGUGACAAGCGCAGCGAUGCGGCUAGGUGACUCUCGGGGAGGAUUGUGGCUCGCCGCCACGGCGGGCGCGGUGGUUCCUUCACGACUGCAGAGCCAAGUUUGACGAGCACAGUGAUAAACAUGAAGUGGUUGGACCUCUUUGGACGUCUAAAAUGUGUCGUUAUUGGAAUGAUCCACGUGAAGGCUUUACCAGGCUCUCCGCUUGGAUGCUUGAAAAUGUCCCAAAUCAUUGAGGAAGCCUGUUGGGAGGCAAGCGUAUACUGCAACGCAGGACUGGACGGUGUGAUAGUGGAGAACAUGCACGACGUCCCGUACUCGCUGUCACCGGGUCCUGAGGUGAGCGCGUGCAUGACAUCCGUGUGUGUGGCGGUGAGGAAUGUCUGUCCGUCCAUCCCCGUCGGCGUACAGAUUCUGUCCGCCGCCAACCAGCAGGCGCUCGCCGUCGCUCUUGCAUCAGGCGCCCACUUCAUCCGGGCGGAGGGCUUUGUGUUUUCCCACGUGGCCGACGAGGGUUUGGUCCACGCUUGUGCCGGAGAACUUCUGAGGUACCGCAAGAGCGUCGGAGCGGAGGACAUCCUCGUCCUCACGGACAUCAAGAAGAAACACAGCUCUCACGCUCUGACGUCGGACGUGAGCGUGGCCGAGACGGCUCGAGCCGCAGAGUUCUUUCUGUCGGACGGCCUCAUCCUGACCGGAAAGUCCACGGGAGCCCAGGCUGACCCCAAAGAACUCACUGAUGUAAGGCGGGCAGUGAGUCUCCCGGUCCUGGUGGGUUCCGGCGUGACUCACGACAACGUGGACCGCUACCUCGGCGCCAGCGGCUUCAUCGUGGGCUCGCAUUUCAAAAGCGGCGGCUCGUGGAGCAACGCGCUGAACGUAAAGUGCGUCAACAACUUCAUGACCAAGAUGAGACGUCUCCGAGAAAGCGAGUGACCCUGAAGAAAGGCCUCUCCUGGGCUGGGCCAUGCGCAUGUCUCCGCCUUGCUUGGUUGUCUUGUGCUCACGAGCAGCUGCACCAACUGAAAUGACUUUUUUCGCCCCCCCCCCAUACAAUUUGUGUUUUGCUGCUUGUGUUUACGACUCAAAAGUCACUUUUUGGAUACAUUUUCCCUGUCCGGGUACUUUGAAUGCAACAUACAGUAUACUUGAGUCAUUUUAAGAAGGAAUGUUACUUUGACCGCUCGACUCUCGUUAAAUCAGUUGACUUCACAGACGACAAAUAAAUAGAUAGAUAGAUAGCUUGAUAA